AUGUCUUACAAAGAAUGUAUGAAAUCCGAAUUAGAUCUUUUUUCUAAUUCCCCGAUACAAAGCAAUAUUUUAAAAACCGAGGAAGUAGCAUACAAACCCAUAGCAUCGCUAGAUAAUUCAACAGUUUUAGAAUUUGUCUCACUCGGUCAUGAUGAUACAUAUCGAGAUCUGUCCAGUAUAUAUCUUCGACUAAAAGUGCAACUAAUUAAGCUAAAAGAUGGAAAGGAGGAAUUGUACGAGAAAGGGGCUACUCCGGUUGGUGUUGUCAAUAAUGUCAUGCAUUCGCUGUUCAGACAAUGUACAAUACAGUUAAACGGCAAGCCAAUCGCACAAACCGAUCAUAAUUAUCAAUACCGAGCGUACAUUGAAAAUUUGUUGAAUUAUGGUAACAACACAGCUAAAACCCAUCUCGAGUCUGUUGGCUGGUACCUUGAUGAGAAUGAAAUGGAUAUUAUUGAAAGUGAAAAACCAGAGGAUUCAAACAGUGGCUACUUUAAAAGAUCCAAAUUGCUUGCAAGCAGCGGCGUGGUGGAAUUAAUGGGAAAAGUUCAUGGUGAUAUUUUAAAUCAGGAUAAGUUGUUAAUUAACGGGGUUGAUCUGCGUGUAAUUUUCUCAUUAGAAAAACCGGAAUUUUAUUUGUACUCCAAAGAGGACGCUAAUUCACCACGGAUGAAAAUUAUAGAGGCAACAAUGUAUAUGAAUCAUGUAACUAUUAGUCCAAGCAUCUUGCUUGCGCAUGAAAACGUCCUCCAACGAUCCAAUGCGAUAUACCCUUACAAACGCGUAGAGGUAAAAACAUAUACUUUACCUCCAAAUACAUUCUCACUCUCCCUAGAUAACGUGGUGAUUGGUCAGUUACUCAACUUGAUAGUUUUCGGUAUGGUAGACAAUGAUGCAUAUACAGGGAAACGUACAAAAAACUCAUAUAAUUUCAAGCAUAAUAAUCUGGUGAGAUUUAACCUAUCCGUUAACGGAGUGCAAGUACCAAACCAACCUUUAGAAUUCGACUUUUCAGGUGAAAAACCUAUUAGUACACGCGGGUAUCUGACAUUAUUCAAGGGUACUGGAAUACAUUAUUCCGAUAGAGGACACCAGAUUUCAAAACAGUUUUUCGAUAAUGGAGCGUUCCUGUUAGCAUUUGAUCUGACCCCUGACAACUCAUACAAUUCAACAUGUGGAAGUCUUUUGAAUCAAGGCACAAUAAGGAUCGAGGGACGAUUCAGAGACUCUCUAAAGAAAAGCGUGACAUGUAUUGUAUAUGCGGAAUAUGAUGGUAGCAUCGAGGUGGACAAAGCUCGCAAUGUUUACACGAGUUUCUAA